UGCAAACAGUCUACUCACGAGGACGUCUAUAAGAAUAGUAUAAUGUUUUACUGUUUAAUACAUUCACGAUAAUUUUGUGUUGAAAUUAUUUUUGGAAAUCAACGAAUCAACAUAUUAUUUUCUAGUAUCUGUUGUUGAAAGUUUUCUUUUUAGUGCACGCAAUUUUCGAUGUAUGUAGAUUAAAUAUAUACUAUAAGUGUACAAAAUAAAAAUAAUAAAAUUAUGUCAUUUGUUAAAAGAUGCAAAGGAUCGUGAUAAUAAUAUGACUGGAAAAAAUCCUUGGGAUACAAAAGUAUCAGUUGCAAGUGGAGCGACAAGUUCCUACGCUUCAACAACUGAUAGUGAACUUAAAUUUACAAGAAAGUUCAGCCAAAGGUAUAGAUGGAGGUGUUGUAUAAUCGAAACAAUACUGGUAUUCUUGUUGAUAUUUUCACUAUCGCUGUACGCGGGUUACGAUUAUUUACAGCGUACGUACAACGGUGAAGAAAAAAUAUUUAGAGGCGACUUAAGGGCAAACGAAAAAAGAAUAGAUUUAAUCGACUUUAAUAAUCCAGACAGUCAAGACUAUCAACAUUAUGUCUUAAACUAUACACAUUUAAUCAAAAACAUAAUUAACAGCAGUCCUUUACAAAAAAAGUUUAUCGAUGCAGAAAUUAUUUCUCUUGAACCUGAAAAGGGCGAAUUGAAAGUGAACUUUCGGUUAAGAUUCGAACCAGUCAGAUGGCGAAUGUCCGUUUCGGUAGAGGACAUACUGUCGGCAUUCCGUCGUAUGUAUCCUUCGACGAAAAUCGUUCCUGGAAGUUUGCACAUUAUUCAAAUUUUCAACAACGCACUUCUCUCUACAAAACCGUCAACAUUGGCGCCAGAAAUAACAACUGUACAACUUUAUUCGACGACGCCAUCCCCGAGGCGAUGUACUCCUGUGAGACUGAAUCUAUGCAAAUCGGUUUUAGACUACAAUUUGACGAGUUAUCCCAAUCAUUUUGGACACAGAAAUCUGGACGAAAUUCACGAUGAUUUGAUCGCAUUCAGGGACUUGGUAGACGCCGAGUGUUAUCAGAGGACGUUGGAUUUCGUUUGCCAACUCCUUCAGCCAGCUUGUAAUCCAAACGUCAAACUUGAUCAGGACGAGAUAAUAUUGCCUUGCAAGCACAGCUGCCGACUGUUCACGACGGGCUGUGGACACAGGAUACCGCUGAAACUCCAGAACGGUUUCGAUUGUACCAAAUUACCCGAUUACAGUAAUAUCGGUUCAACCUGCACGUCGAAACCUGGCUGCGAUUAUAAACUACGAACGACCGGGCUAUCGAACCGUUUGUGCGAUGGUGUUCUCGACUGCCCGGAUAUGUCGGACGAGACAACUUGCGGCUACUGUCCUGCCGGAUACCUUCAUUGUAUCACUUCGAGAACUUGCAUUCCUGUUAGAUCUCGAUGCGAUGGCGUGGUCGACUGUCCGGGCGAAGCCGAUGAACGUAACUGUUUAUUGAUGUCAUCGGCUGCUCGGUCUGUGGAUCAAAUGUUGCCUUUAGCAUCUGUUGAUGCGUAUCCAUCGGAAGGCUAUGUAUUUUUCAUUGAACGGGGAAUGUCAGGCAAGUUGUGUGCAGCUAAUUUCCAAACAGACAUUCCAAAUGAAAAAAUGACCGCGGCGCUUCAGACAAUCGCUGUAUCGCUUUGUCGCACGCUCAAUUACCAGAAUUUGACUAGUGUCAAAAUCGUUGAUGACGAAGAUAUAACGACGUCCGUUCCUCCACGAUACGUGCACGUUGUAGAUCCGUUCGCAAGCGAGAUCACUUUUAACUUGGGAGCAUGUCCAAGUAAAAAAGUUUUGCAUGUCACGUGUAACGAUGCCGUUUGUGGUACGCAAACAAAUAGGAGACAAAAAUACGGCAUUGAUGGUUUCAACAAAAUGGCUUCUCACGGAGAUUGGCCGUGGCACGCUAUACUUUAUAAAAGCGGAAUUCAUGUUUGCGACGGUAGUCUUAUAUCACCUGAAUGGUUGUUAACUAGUGCCUCGUGUUUUCAAGGCCAAAGUAAAGCAGAAUGGGUGGCACGCUUGGGAGCGGUAAGGCUGAACGCCAUGUCCCCGUGGCAACAAGAAAGACACAUCAUUGGAAUGGUCAAAUCGCCAGUAGAAGGAAGCACGUUGGUCAUGGUCAAGCUAAGUUCACCGGUAACAUACUCCGAUCAUAUUCGGUCGGUGUGCUUGAGCGACGAUCAAAACGAGGGGCCGUACUCGCACUGCCAGACGUUGGGAUGGGCAAAAAAUCGGGAUAAUCUUCAAAGAAUCGAAGUCAAAGAAAGUUCGAUGGAAAGCUGUGCCAAUAUUAGCAUUACAACGGUAAACGGUUUGUGUUACGAUUCGAUUUACGAUCACAACGAUUGCACGGAGGAAGAGUUUGCCGGAAGUCCGAUGAUGUGUCUGUCAGCUACCAAAAAAAGCUGGGUGCUGGUGGGCGUGACCAAUUGGCGUAUCGCAUGUUCGGCCGAUGGUAUGAUGAGGCCUAGGCUCUACGAUAAAGUGAAGUCUAACCAUAAAUGGAUAAAUACGGUUUUGAAAGACGGUUAAGCAAUAGUAUAUAUUGUUGAAUUUUUUUUUUUUUAAGUUUUACGCGAUGCGUAAAAUGUGUUUUGUUUUUAUUUAUUGGAUUAGCCAAACUAUAAGCAUUUUUACAACCUAUAUGUAUUUGUGUAGUACCUAAUGGUUGUUUAUAAUUUUAUCAAGCAUUUUGA